CAUUUCCACUUACGUUUUCCUUGUUGAAUGUAUGUUAACCAACACUGCAUUUACAGCUGUCACCUACAGCAGUGCUUUCAAGAUAUUCCUGGAUAGGAUUGGGCAACUCAUAAAUCCUAUAGUAACUUAUAAGGAUUUACAAAACUGUUAAUAUACAAACCAAUUUUGCAUCAGUUUAAGUUGCGCUAUCUUAUUUCAAAAUGGUAAUUGGCUUUCUUGUUCGAGCCGGCAUUGUCGUUGGUGCUGCAUAUUACUCAAAGAAGCUGGGAGUAUGGGGUACGCCGGAAGAAUCCGAAAAGCUAUACAAUAAAAUAAAAGAAAGUGCUCGACCCCACGCAAAAGAGCUGGAAAAGAAAUUACCUUUUGAGGUUCCAGCAUUACCUGAAAGCGGCGAAGCACGUUUCCUGGCGAAGCAUUAUUAUAACGAAGGUGUUAAAAGCACGUUCCACUUUAUUGAAAUGUUGCCAUGUUACACCGGGCAAUUAUUGCACAAAGCUAAGGUGGAAUUUCAAAAAUUCUCGACUCCCCCAUCCCCUAGCGCUGAAAAGUAAAAAUGCUAUUUAAAAUAUUCGAUGUUACAAAGUCUAUUUAUAAAAAAAAUUAUGCAAGUUAAAUAAAAUGUCGCAAUAAAAAUCAA